AUGACCGAUCCGCUGCUGGUACAGUUCGACCCGUCCGAGAAAGGGUUGUCAAUGACUGACGCAAUAUCCAAGGUGACGGUCCUAGCGUUAAAUGUUCUUCUCACUGUGCGAACGAGCCGAAACGCUCAUCAGCUGAAAAAGAUCGAUUCUUACGGGAUAUGCUUUGCAUUCGUGGCGCCUUUCAUUCCUGCACUGGUGUUUCUAUGCUGGAGACCCGAUGGGCGGACAGUAUAUGGAGAUGCGACUUUGUGGUGCUGGAUCGCUAGAGAAAAGGAUAUCCUUCGACUUGUGGAAUUCUAUGUCCCCGUAUGGGUCAUGAUUCUCCUAUCCCUCUGCCUGUUCGCUCUCAGUGGCAAGCAAAUCCUCCAGGUCCGGAAAAAGCUCAAAGUUGCCAAAUGCGAGUUUGAUUCUGGCGAGACUGUCUGUUCGGCCGAGCCAAAAGACCGCCGCUUCUCGACUUUUGCUCGAUCUUUCAUGUCACGGACUUUCAGCGCCGACUCACAAACGCCGGCUGAACCCCAGAGCACCUUCAGCCCUGAAACAGAGUCAAAAGUGUUGGAGCCGCUGGCACCUGUACGGUCCCGCGAAGUCCUGGGUACGGCCGACAUCUCGCCUGUGGCAGCAUCAAUAUUUCCCAUUCUCGACCGGCAGCCGUCAGAACAGAGCAAGUCACGCAACAAGGCAGCCUCGAGGUUUGACAAGGUUCACUGGAAGUACGCCAAAUUUGCCUUUCUUUGCACGGUGGUCCUUUUCAUUACUUGGGUGUGUUUUAUGUCCCAUCUAGAUCUUCUGGCCAGUGUAUAUGCGAUCGCUCGCUAA